UCACCGGAACUCCCUCCAUGUCGAAAACGAAAUGAAAGAGUAGAAAGAACGAAAAUACAUCUUCAUAGCAAAUAACGCCAAAAGAUGGACAGUAUUGGGGAAGAAAGGGAACAGAUUGAAGAUGACAUUGAGAGACUAAAUCUUGCUUUGCAAGUGGAGGGUUCUACUGUCGAACUAAAUGAUGAAGAGGAAGAAGAAUUGGAUGAUAUCUUCACAAAUGAGGAUAGCAUUGAUCCUGAUGAUUAUGAAAGUGUUAACACUAUUCCUUCUCAGGACUCUGAGCCAACACAUGUGGAAACUAGUGAAAUAGACCAGAUGUCUGGAAUGUCAGAAAUAAGCCACCUACCAAUCAAUGCAGAAACCUGUCUUGCACUCAACAGAACAUAUCAAGAACUUAUUCUUGAAUCACUGAAAAAAAUUGAGUUGGCAUUGAAUGAAAACAGAGAAAAACAGAAAGUGUUGGAAGAAGGACUAGAAACCAAAUCUAAAGGAGCUCCCAAGACAACUGACAAGUCCACUACAAAUAAAAAGAAAAGCUCAGCAAUGUUUUGCAAACCUUAUUUCAAAGACAAAGACCAGAAGGUAGCUCCGCAUAACUCCGACGUUGAAAUGAAAAAGAUGACUCAGGAACACAAACAAGAUGUUUCUCCACCCCAGGCUUGGAGCAUCGCCCAGAGAUGUAAACUACAGGAGGCUAUCAAGGCAGAAGGACUGAAGCAGAAGAUUGUUCCCCUACUUAACAGGAAAGAGAUUUUAGUGGAAAAAGUUAAACAUAUAGAAACAGAACUGAUGAAGAUCAGCAUAGAGAGUUUCAAGAAUGAAGAAAAUGUGACUGAUGAUGAAGAGGAAAGCGAACAUCUGACUGGAACCAGAGAGAUAAAAGAACAGGAUCUUGUAGAAUUGAAGCAGAAGAUCGAGGAAGUGGACAAAGAAAUGGAGAAAGCCAAGCAAACGUCAGAAAUUGAGUUGCUUUUUAAUCUUGAUAGCGAAAAAGUGGACUGGUUAAUGAUUGCCAAUGUAAUUUUUGAUGGAAAAAGAGAUGAAAGGGAGUGUCGGAUUAUGUGGAAAAAUGUUCUACAUCCUUCUAUAAACAAAGAAAAAUGGUCGGCACAAGAAACCAAAGACCUGCAGGAACUUGCAAAUAAGUACAACAUGAGAAACUGGCCAGCUAUUGCUAAGGAACUAGGGACAGGGAGAACCCCAUUCCAGUGCCUCCAGUUUUACCAGCACUCACUCAAUGAAACAUGGAACAACAGGCCUUGGACUGAAGAAGAGGAUGAAAUGUUGAGGGAGGUUGUAGAGAGUGUUCGUAUGGGCAACAGAAUCUCUUUUGCUCAAGUGUCCUACUUUCUGGAUGGGAGGAGUCAGAGUCAGUGUACAUCCAGGUGGAACCAGAUCAACCCUAGCAUGAAGAGGGGAAGAUGGAGUCUUCAUGAGGAUUGUUUGCUCAUUACUGCAGUUCAGCUGCAUGGACCAAAGAACUGGAGACUCAUCAAGGAAUAUGUCCAUGGAAGAACUCCUAUACAGUGCCGAGACCGCUACAAUAACUGUUUGAACCCCUCCAUCAAUGCAGCGCAAACAUGGUCAUACGAAGAUGACAAAUUACUACUGAAACGUGUCAAUAGUCAGUUAGAAAAAGGAUCUUCUGUAAGUUGGGUGAAAAUUUUGCCAGAAUUUCCAGGCCGAAUAGAUGGUCAGCUUCUUUCCAGAUACCGUCGACUUCAGGCAUGGAAGAUGAAAUCUGAAUGGGUGGAGAAACAAUCUGAACAAGAAAAGAAGAACAUGGGAGUCCUUGAGGGGGAACAACUCUUACGAGAAAUCACAAAAGAGGAACCAACCACUAGUUUCCUGGAAAUGUCCAAAUCCUUCCCUGAUGUUUGUAAAGAAGACUACCUAAAACAAAUAGAGGACAGACGACGAGGUGAUUUGGUGGUACCUAGGCCUCCAGUGAUGACACAUUGUGCCACAAGAUGUGUCCAGGCCCUCUGGACGAGGAAAAAACAUCUCUUUAGUCUUGUUGACCAACACCUGAAAAAUAUGGACAAACUUGUCCCAGAUCAUAGCACAAAUAUUAAAGAAUUCAAAAUGUUUGAGUCAUUGAGUAAAAUUCAGGAGAAGAUUCUUCGGGAAACAAUGGCAAAACAUCCCAGUGAUAUCACGGUCAAGGACAUGCUGAAAAUCAGCAAGAAGCUGACCAGAACUGAGAGCUGCAAAGAUGGCCGAACCAAGUGGAUAGAGAGGGACCUGAUAUGUGACGACCAGAUCAAGGACAUUCUCAUCUGGAAAUGCUUCCACUCCUUGCUUGUUGACAAAAGAUGUGGCCGACCGAGAAAAUUUUACUUGUUCAGUCCAACAGGAAGAAAGCCUCCAUGUGCUGAAGAAGAUGAUGAUGAGGAUGUGGAGAAGAUAACGGACAUCACUGUGACUCUAUUAAUGAAUGCUCUUGAUGUUGACCAUAAAAGUGCUUUGGAGAAAAGCAGAGAGCUGGACCCUAACAGUAGCACUGUGGGGGAGGAAAUUGAUUUACUGAGGAGGGUUACUCCCAAUAUAUUGCCAUCAAAUGUUACUCAGACGCAACCAACUAUUCAAAUUGUUUCCACCACUUUGAAUCAAUCAUCCAGCACCAACAGCCAAAAUCAGUCAUCCAGCACCAACAGCCAAAAUCAGUCAUCCAGCACCAACAGCCAGAAUCAGUCAUCCAGCACCAACAGCCAGAAUCAGUCAUCCAGCACCAACAGCCAGAAUCAGUCAUCCAGCACCAACAGCCAGAAUCAGUCAUCCAGCACUAGCAACCAGAAUCAGUCAUCCAGCACUAGCAACCAGAAUCAGUCAUCCAGCACUAGCAACCAGAAUCAGUCAUCCAUCACAAAUGAACAGUCCAACUCUUCUCAUGAAAAUUCUGAUACUGCACAGACAACAAAUUGUGGAUCAGCACUUGGGAGAAAGCGGAAGGUGGCAGUGGGUACAGAUCAAGAUGCCCAGGUUCAAAGCAAGAAGUCCAAAGCAAUUUCAUCAUCAUCCAAUGAAAAUGCAAAUAGCAGUUGUAAUGGAAAAGAAAGUUCAAGCGUUGUGCAAAAGAAUAGCAAUGGUUGUACAGAGAAAAACUUGAAUAGUGUUGGAGUAGUGGGUCAAGGUUCAUCUACACCAGUUGCUAACAUAAACAGGACUUCGUCAUCAUUGGGAGAAAAUCCUUCAUCAAAAACCAAUAUGUCUGCCUUACCAGCAGGGGCCAGAAUUAUUAGACUUCCUCCAGGUGUGAAACUCAAACCAGGUGAUAAAAUACAGGACAUUUUGGCAGCCCACAAAUUAUCUAUGGCUGCAUUAGAGAGUCAACCAUCCCCUGCCAGUCCUGUACCAGAUACUCAAUGUUCUCAGACUGCAACUAGAAAGCAGCCUGUUGUCCCAAUAGACCCUAGUCAGACUACGACUAGUAAGCAGCCUGUUGUCCCAAUAGAACCUAGUCAGACUACGACUAGAAAGCAGCCUGUUGUCCCAAUAGAACCUGGCAGCAGGAAAAAGAAAAAGAAAUCCAAAUCUCAACCUCAGAAACAGAGUGUUGUGGUGUUAAGACCUCCCUCUGGCAUACAGGACCCGAAAAGGGUCAAGAUUCUCCCUCCAGGAACAAUUACUACUUGUGCUUUCAAGAGUGUGAUGCUACACAGGAAGUAUUUGAUGAUCAGGGCUGAUGAACUUUACAGCAGACAGUUUUACAGGCUCCGUGGUAAUGAACUUCAGAAGAGAGUGACUUUGGAGUUGUCUAAGCAGGCGACGGGUGCAGUGAAGAUAGAAAGAAAUGAAAAUGAACAGCAUGUAGGUGCCUUGAAUAAAACUCUUUAUACUAUGGAGAAAUCUGUCGCCAGUAGUGUAGCUGCCAAAACAGCUAGAAUUAAACAGAAGGGAGAAGUUGGUCAUGAUGCUUUAGCAAAAGUAAGGAAAACAAAAGAAUUCAAGAUGUUACAGAAGAGAUUUGAAGCCCUCUUUGCCUGGCCUGCUCUUCUGUCCACAAUUUCCCCUCCAUUUAUCUCUGGACAAAGGGGUAGACCUUCAUCUGUCAGUGCACAAAAGAGCAAAAAAGGAAAGAAUAAGAAGCCCAGUUCAGCUGUUGAUGAACAGACAGAGAAUGAUGCAAAGUCUGAAAUGGAAAUGGAACAGCCAGUUAAGAGGAAAAAACCGAAGCUUUCCUAUCCUUGCAUCAAUAGAAAAUAUUCUUGGAAGCGAAAUGUUUUGAGCAAGGAAGCAAAGAGACUCAAGAAAGAGGCCAGAAUGAAGAAAUUGAGAGAAACAAGGGAGAGAAAGCUAAGGGGAGAGUAUGUGCCACAGAAGACCAGAAAACGGCAGCCUAAAACAACAGCUACUAUUCGCCAAAGUCAAAGAGUGGCAGUCAAACGAAGUAUGACCCACGAUUCACAAACCCAAGAAGAUGCUCCUGUUAUCAAAAAAGAGUUGAAAAAAGUUGUCAAGAAGAAGAAGAAAUCCCAAAACGAAGAUCCCAUCCCCAGCAAUGGAAAGUUCCAACUUCUCCCUGGGGAUGCUGUAAUGCCUGUAGCACUGAUUAGCAACAUCGCCUCUUCCAUUGAUAACAAUUCUAUCCAAAAUGCAGAGGGGGGAAGCUCAGUGACUAUACCCCAAACUUUACAAGAUCUUCAACAACUUACAGCAAGCAUCAACAGCAACAUCUCCUUUGUUGCUAACAAUUCUAUCCUCAACACAGGGAGUGGAAGCUCAGUGACUGUACCUCCUACACUUCUAGGACUUCAACAGCCUACAGCAAGCUCCAGCAACAUUCUGCCCUCAUCAGCAGAGUAUGGGACAUCCCAGAGGACAUCUGUACCACCCCAGCAAGUGAGCCUGCCGUUUGUAUCUGUAACAGACAUAAACAUCCAGACCGUGCCCCCCACAGAGAAUCCUGGUGCUCCUCCAUUUAUUUUUGCUAUAGUGCCGUCUGCUACAGGGGAUGGUCAAGUGCUACAGGCUGUUCCAAAUAGUGUGCUAAAGGAUGCAGUGAACAGUUCAAACCAAGUGAUUCCAGAUCAGGACCAGGCCAAACCAGAUUAGACAAUUGUUAAAGACAAUUUUGUCUCGGUGAACAUGCAUUAGUCUUUGUCAAGUUACAUGUAGUAGAAAUAUUACAAAAAGAUGCAACUUUAAAGUUGUUCUGAUUAAAGCUUCUUAUGAAGAUAGGUUAAUUAUUUUACAAUUAAGCUCCAAAUAUCAGUCCUACCUCUUCACAGUCCAAACAGGCCAUUGUUUUUAGAAAUGACAGGUACUUACUUAUCGCUUUUGUUUGGAUUCGUUGUUUCAUGUUUUGUUUUUCUUUUCUGUUUCAGCAGGUUCAAAUAAAAUGUUUUUGUUGAUAUUU